GUUAGUUGUAUAGAAGGAAGGAAUCCCGAAAAUAGCGUGGUGACGAGUGCAAGUUGUGUGUGAUUGAGAUCGAAGAAGAGAAGGAAAGUGGCGAGUGCAGCAGUGGUUGUUGAUGAAGAGGGUUCAUCACAGGAAUCAUCAUCAGGAGCAGAAGAAAUGCCCUUCCAGGAUAAUGAUGCGCCUCGCCGGUUUGUGCGUCUUCUCCACAAUCAUCCUCUCCGUCGUCUUCUCCCUCUCCCUCGUCCUUCGAGAUCCUCCCUCCGACGCCGUCCCCAUAUCUGUGCCCCGUUGGAGUGACGAUGCUCAAACAGAUAAGCUGCUUGCUGGUCUUCUACCUGCUGGAUUCGAUGAAACCUCUUGUCUAAGCAGAUAUGAUUCGCUCAUUAAUCGCAAAGGAUUAUCAGCAAAACCUUCUUCAUACCUCAUUUCUAGAUUAAGAAAAUAUGAAGCGCUCCACAGAGAAUGUGGACCUUAUACUCAAUCCUACAAUAAAACAGUGAAAGAUCUGAGGUCCGGCGUUCCAAGCCAGUCAUCUUCGGCUGCUUGUAAAUAUGUAGUGUGGAUUUCAUACAGCGGUUUAGGGAAUAGGAUAUUGACCAUUGCUUCUGCAUUCCUUUAUGCUCUCCUCACCAACCGUGUUCUCUUGAUUGAUCCGGGACUUGACAUGACUGAUCUCUUUUGCGAGCCCUUCCCAGACGCUUCCUGGUUCCUUCCUCCCGAUUUCCCUCUUCGUGCUCAAUUCCAUGAUCUCAAUCAGAAAUCUGCUCACUGCUAUGGGAAAAUGAUCAAGGAUAAAUCAGUUACAGCAUCUGCAGUCCCUUCUUUUGUGUACCUUCAUCUAGCGCAUGACUAUGACGAUCAAGACAAGCUAUUCUUCUGCGAUGAAGACCAACGUUUUCUUGAUCAGGUACCUUGGUUAUUAGUCAGAACAGAUAAUUACUUCGUUCCGUCGCUAUUCUUGAUGCCGUCUUUUGAGCAGGAACUGAAUCAGCUGUUUCCAAAUAGGGAAACAGUUUUCCAUUUCUUAGCUAGGUAUCUGUUCCACCCCACAAAUAGAGUAUGGGGACUAGUCAUUAGAUACUAUGAAGCUUAUUUAGCUAAUGUGGAUGAGAGAGUAGGCAUACAGAUUAGAGUGUUUGACACCGGAACAGGUCCAUUUCAACAUGUAUUGGAUCAGAUCUUAGCUUGUGUUUUCAAGGAGAAUCUAUUACCCGAUGUUAACAGGAAGCAGGCUACUAUUAGUUCAUCAGGAAAGCCGAAGUCGAAAGCAGUACUCAUGACAUCCUUAAGCUCUGGUUAUUCCGAAAAGGUCAGAGAUAUGUACUGGGAAUUUCCCACCACGACGGGAGAAGCAGUUGGCGUUUUCCAGCCAAGCCAUGAAGGAUAUCAACAAACUGAGAAUCAGAUGCACAACCAAAAAGCUUGGGCAGAAAUGUACCUCUUAAGCUUAACCGAUGUGUUGGUUACUAGCUCAUGGUCUACUUUUGGCUAUGUGGCACAGGGACUGGGAGGUUUAAAACCAUGGAUACUAUACAAGCCUGAGAAUAAAACAGCUCCAGAUCCUCCUUGUCAACGUGCUAUGUCGAUGGAGCCAUGUUUCCAUGCUCCUCCCUUUUAUGACUGCAAGGCUAAGAAAGGAAUUGACACCGGUAAACUUGUUCCACAUGUUAGGCACUGUGAGGAUAUGAGCUGGGGUCUUAAGCUUGUACAUAACUAUGCGUAGCAAGCUAUGCUUGUGCAUGCUUUUGUGCCUGUCAACUCAGCUGAAAGUUUUGCAAAUUUUGUUGUACAAUAGAAUUAGUUAUUCUUUUUAAUCUUUAUAUUGUUAUAUGCGCAAACUAUAUAAUAUAAAUCUGUGUGCCAUUACUAUUUUAGGACGAUAAACUAAAUUGCAUGAAGUUAUGCUCUCUUGACAAAUACUGGCACAUCGUUAGUUCUCUGAGGCAAACAAUAGUACAACACAGCUGAGCUUCUCU